AUUGUUAUUUAUUUUAAUCUGUGAAUUUAGCUCUAAUGUCGAAAUAACAGUGAACUAGUGAAAGUCAUUAAUAGAAUUAACAAUAAUCUUACGAAAAUGAAUAAAUUAAAAUCAUCACAGAGAGAUAAAGUUAAGAAGUUCGUCGCGUUUACGCAAACGAGUGAGAGCACAGCUAUUUAUUGCCUUUCGCAAAACGAUUGGAAAUUAGACUUAGCCAGUGACAACUAUUUUCAGAACCCCGACGCAUAUUACAAAGACUCUGGUAAAUUUGCUGUUGACAGAAAAAGGGUUGAUCAACUAUUCAAUAAGUAUAGAGAUCAACAGGAAAAUGAUAAGAUAACCGUAGAUGGUGUAAUGAAGUUCCUAGAAGAUCUAAACCUUAGUCCAGAAUCUAUAUUAGUUUUAAUAAUAGCAUGGAAAUGUAAAGCUGCAGUGCAGUGCGAGUUCACUAAAGAUGAAUUUACAACAGGUCUUGUAGAGCUGGGUGUAGACAGCAUAGAAAAAUUAAAAGCUAAAUUACCAACACUCGAAUUGGAAAUUAAAGAUCCAAACAAAUUCAAAGAUUUUUAUCACUUCACAUUUAAUUAUGCUAAGAACCCAGGUCAGAAAGGAUUAGAACUAGACAUGGCUGUGGCUUAUUGGAAUAUUGUGCUCCGUGGGAGGUUUAAAUUUUUAGACGCUUGGUGUAAAUUUCUAACGGAGCAUCAUAAAAGAUCUAUUCCAAAGGACACUUGGAAUCUCUUACUGGACUUUGCUACACAAAUAGAUGAUGGCAUGAGCAACUAUGAUGCGGAAGGUGCCUGGCCAGUGCUUAUAGACGACUUUGUUGAGUGGUGUCAAAAGCAAGGCUUAACAGCAGACGGGGUCAAAGCCCUAGAGCCAGCGUCCGGCUAGCUGACAUCGAAAUAUAACCUACAGUUCGAAGCGAGGAUAACCAGUGUUAAUGUAGAAACACAAGUACAAAUAUGGUACAGUGGCAUUCGGACAUUCAUUCAGCCACUACUUGCUCGCUUCGUUCUGUAUAGCGUACAUCUGUGUAACGAAUGGGUCGCCAUAAUCUUCGAAUUUCGUAGCUGACUAAAUUUGAAUUGUGCAGUGGUCAGGCCGUAGGCUUGGAACUUGAAGCGGGAACUGCUUUGUUAUGCAAUGGUGUUUUUGUUUCUUAAUUUAUUACCCUACUAUGCUACUGUCUUGUUUCAUACGUCCGUUAGAUAAAUGUAGGGUUUAUUCAACCCUUUCUUCUAAAUUAUAAAUUUAAUUACAAAUAUAAAUAUAUGUCAUGUCACAUAGGCAUAAUUUUGUCACCAUGUGACAAAAGUAAACUAAAGUUCGAGUAUUAGAUAUAGAAUGGUUUUUAUUGGACAUUAAAAUUUAUCAA